GCCUCCUGGGCGGCGGCGGGGCGGGAGCAGCGCGGCGGAGGGGACAAGACCAGGGCAGGAGGGAACCGGGCAGCCGGGAGAGCCCCGUACACCCAGCAAGAUGCUGUCCUGGCGGCUGCAGACGGGCUCCGAGAAGGCCGAGCUGCAGGAGCUCAACGCCCGGCUCUACGACUACGUGUGCCGGGUGCGGGAGCUGGAGCGCGAAAACCUGCUCCUGGAGGAGGAGCUGCGCAGCCGGCGCGGGCAGGAGAGCCUGUGGGCCGAGGGGCAGGCCCGCUUCGCCAAGGAGGCGCGCAACUUGCGGCAGCAGCUGGACGAGCUGAGCUGGGCCACGGCGCUGGCCGAGGGCGAGCGCGAUGCCCUGCGGCGCGAGCUGUGGGAGCUGCGGCGGCUCGGUGAGGAGGCGCGCGCCGCCCGCGGCCGCCUGGAUGCCGAGCUGGGCGCGCAGCAGCGCGAGCUGCAGGAGGCGCUGAGUGCGCACGCCGCCCUCGAGGAGCUGCUGGGCCGGCUGCAGGCCGAGCGCCGCGGCCUCGACGAGGCCCACGAGCGCGACGUGCGGGAGCUGCGCGAGCGCUCCGCCGGCCUGACCAUGCACUACCGCGCCCGCGCCGUCGGCCCCUCCGCGCCCCCGCCGCGCCUGCAGGAGGUGCACGACAGCUACGCGCUGCUGGUGGCUGAGUCGUGGCGGGAGACCGUGCAGCUGUACGAGGACGAGGUGCGCGAGCUGGAGGAGAUGCUGCGGCGCGGCCAGGAGAGCCGGCGCGAGGCCGAGGAGGAGACGAGGCUGUGCGCGCAGGAGGCGGAGGCGCUGCGGCGCGAGGCACUCGAGCUGGAGCAGCUGCGCGUGCUGUUGGAGGACGAGCUGCUGCGGAUGCGCGAGGUGUACGAGCUGCAGGCGGAGGAGCGGCAGAGAGGCAUUGCCUGCCUGGAGGAUGAGAAGGCGGCCCUCACCUUGGCCAUGGCCGACCGGCUGCGGGACUAUCAGGAGCUCGUGCAGGUGAAGACCAACCUCAGCCUGGAGGUGGCAACCUACCGAGCCUUACUGGAAGGAGAAAGUAAUCCGGAGAUAUUGAUCUUUACUAAGCACAUUGAAAACAUGCCACAAGAAUUCAGAAACACAUCCUAUCAGUAUACCAGCUCGGUGUUACAGAGGGAAAAUGAAAGAAAUCUGUUUCCAAGGCAGAAAGUGCCUUCAGUGAGCUUCAGUCACAGCCCGGGGCUGCAUUCUAACCUGUCGGCUUACUCCGGAUCUCAGCCAGCCAUUGGAAGCACUGCCAGAAGAGACUUCCUGGGCUCAGGAUAUUCCUCGUUUACCACUACCCAGCGGGAAAGCUCUUAUGAAAAAACUGCCAAAAGUCAACCCAACUAUAGAACUGUAUCAUCAGCUCAUGGUCUUUUAAGAAAUACGGAAGCUCAAGUGAAAACAUUCCCCAAUAGACCAAGAACUGAAGGUACAAAGGACGUCCCCACUAAUUUAGCCAAAGAGUCCACUGUUGCCCAAGAGUCAUACCGAGAACGUCAGGCCAAUGUGGCGGCAGGUGCUUCUGAAAGCACUUGGUCCGAUGAGAGGACCGUCAUUUUGGAAAAGAAAACGGAAGCUAAAGCCAUGAGGGAGCAAGAGAGAAACAGACCAGGAACCAUCCAAACAAAGCGAGAAGAGAAAAUGUUUGAUUCUAAAGAGAAGGCUUCAGAGGAGAGAAACUUAAGGUGGGAAGAACUGACAAAGUUAGAUAAAGAAGCAAGAAAGAGAGAAAGCCAGCAAAUGAGGGAAAAGGCGAAAGAGAAGGAGUCAUUGAAGGAGAAAAGUGUGAGAGAAAGAGAGAUACCAGUCAGUCUAGAAGUAUCCCAGGACAGCACCCCAGAGGUGGCUCCAAAAGGUUUCCAGACACCCCUGAAGAAGGAUGCUGGUGAUGGUCCGGGUAGAGGGGUUGAAACGAGAGAGGCAAGGUUCACCUUGGGCACUAGCGACACCACAGGCUCUCUGAAAGGCGAUUCCACAACUGAAACCAUUGCAGAGAACAUCGUGUCCAGUAUUCUGAAGCAGUUUACCCAGUCUCCUGAUACAGAAGCAUCUGCUAAUGCUUUUCCAGACACAAAAGUCACUUAUGUGGACAGGAAAGAACUUCCUGCUGACAGGAAGACAAAGACUGAGAUAGUCGUGGAGUCGAAACUGACUGAAGAGAUUGAUGUUUCAAAUGAAGCUGGCCUGGACUACCUUUUAAGCAAGGAUGUUAAGGAUAAGGUGGAGCUGAAAGGAAAAUCAGCCGAGCGGAUGAUAGGAGAUAUCAUCAAUCUUGGUCUGAAAGGAAGAGAGGGGAGAGCAAAAGUUGUCAACGUGGAGAUCAUUGAAGAGCCUGUGAGCUAUGUAGGCAGCGAGAGGGCAGAUGAGUUUUCUACCCCAUUCGAAGUGGAGGAGGUCGAUGAUGUGUCUCCGGGCUUGAAGGGGCUUGUUGAGGAGGAGGAAGGUUAUGUAGAGACAGAUAUCACAGUCUCAGGUAAUCAACAUAAAAAGACCAAGCAGCCUCAAGAGAAUGUAACUCAUGUUGAGGAAGUGAUGGAGGCAGGUGACUCAGAGGGAGAGCAGAGUUAUUUUGUGUCGACUCCAGAUGAACAUACCGGGGGGCAUGACAGAGAAGAAGGCUCAGUGUAUGGGCAGAUCCACAUUGAAGAAGAAUCCACCAUCAGGUACUCUUGGCAAGAUGAAAUUGUGCCAGGGACUCGGAGAAGAAUAAAGAGUGAUGAUGCAUUGGGAGAGAAGGUUGUAAAGCCACUGGAUGUUCCAGAAUCUUCUCUGGAGGGGGAUGUGGGUUCUACUCACUGGAAAGAACAAGCUAGAAGUGGUGAAUUUCAUGCUGAACCCACAGUCAUUGAAAAGGAAAUUAAAAUACCACAUGAUUUUCACACAUCCAUUAAGGGAGCCUUCAAGGAGCCCAGACACCAGCUGGUGGAGGUUAUCGGGCAGCUAGAAGAAAGCCUUCCGGAGCGCAUGAAGGAAGAGCUGUCUGCCCUCACCAGGGAGGGUCAAGGUGGGCCAGGGAAUGUUUCAGUUGAUGUAAAGAAAGUCCAGACCUCUGGCGGUGAGUCCGUGACCUUAGUCGCUGAAGUCAACCUCUCGCGAACUGUGGGUGCCGAUCAGUUAGACCUGGAGGAGCUGAGCAAAGAUGAAGCCGGUGAAAUAGAGAAAGCCGUGGAAUCGGUGGUACGAGACAGUUUGACCAAGCCACACAGCCCAACACCUGGAAGCCCAGACAGGGAGGCUGGAGCAGAGGCCCCAGCUCCUGGCUUUCGCUUCAAGCGCUGGGCCACCCAGGAACUGUACAGCCCCUCUGGUGAGGAUGAUGAGGCUGGCCGGGCUCACAGCACAGAGCAGGUCACUUCCCAGGGUCCGGUGUCGGCCACCGUGGAAGUCACCAGCCCAAGGGGCUUUGCCCAGUCACAUGUGUUAGAGGACGUAAGCCAGUCUGUAAGGCACAUUAAAAUAGGCCCCACUGGAAUUUGGAGGACUGAGCAAGUCUCACACGAAGGACCCACUGCAGAAGUGGUGGAGGUAAGUGGGGAAGGCGACUUAAGUCAGGCGGCGAGCUCAGCUGGAGCCAGCUGGUCAGUGAGGCACUUUACGUUGGGUCCCCAUCAAAGUCAAGUGUCCAAAGAAGUCUUCUUCCAAGGGCCUGUCCCUGCCUGUGAGGAGGCGGGGGGCACAGAAGAGCCUGGCCCGGCAGAGCUUUCCGCAGAUACCGACAGAUCGGGGAGGAACAGCGCAUUUGGCUCCAAACAGUUUCAUGCUAAGAGGGAAAUUAUUUUUCAGGGCCCCAUUUCUGGGGCAGGGAAAGUUGGUGAUUAUUUUGAAACAGAAGAGUCAGUGGGUACCCAGACUUCUGUAAAGCACCUUCACUUAGACCCUAGAGAGGGGUUCAGUGAGCAAAUCCAGUUCAUAGCCCCCCUUUCAGACAAAAUGGAGUCGGGUGUCAGAGGAGCUUCUGUGCACACUGAAGAGUGGUCAGGGAAUAGCACAGCCAUCAGGCACGUCAAAAUUGGGCCUCAGAGGCAUCAGACCACCGAGCAGAUAGUUCUGCAACCCACGGAAUCUAGCGACUCAGAAAGCACUGCCCACAGAGAGGGCUCGGCAGAUGUGACCCAGGCCACUCGUAGUUACACCGUGGGUAGGAAAAUCCUAAUGACUGAAAAGAACAGCUUCCGAGGGGCCGUCUCUGAAUCGCCUCAGGAGGCUAGUGUGGGAGACAUGUCAGGGACAGAAGCGACAUCGGGCAUGAGCAGAUCCUUUAGGCACAUUCGGCUAGGUCCUACGGAAACCGAAACCUCUGAACGUGUUGUCUUCCGAGGACCUAUUUCCAAAACAUUUGCGCUUGCUGGUUCAGUGGAUUCCCCUGAGCUAGGCGAGUUAGCAGACAGCAGCAGAACACCAAGGCAAGUUGCACUGGGGCCCAAAGAAACUUCGUUUACCUUUCAGAUGGAUGUGAGUAACAUAGAGGUGACCCCCAGCUGGACACAAGAGGCCACAGUCUUCUUCCCUGCAGGGACAGAAGCGGAAGUUCAUAGCGUGUCCGACGCUGGUGCCUGGAGAGACGCUGGCAGUAGAAGUGCCCGGGCAGCCGACGUGAGCUUUCAGGGCUCUGCUGGGGAUGGACGCCAGGCCCCCGGGGAAGAGGGCAAGGAGCAGGCCGAGUUUGAUAAGAUGGUGCAGCUACAGAGGAUGGUAGACCAAAGGUCGGUGAUUUCAGAUGAAAAGAAAGUUGCCCUCCUCUAUCUAGACAAUCAGGAGGAGGAGAAUGAGGGAGACUGGUUUUGAUGAACAGAAAGAUUUGUUUUAAAUGGUAUCUUAUUUUGUGACAUACCAACACACAAAGGCCUUUACUUAUUUUAAGGGAGGGAGGCUCUUGAUUAAAACCUUCCCUUUUUUUUACUUUCUUCAAACAAUGCUCCAGGCGGUGUCAAUUUACUUUGUAAUCUGUAAAGGUUUCAAAUUCAUUCAUGCCUUAAAAGGCACUGGAUUUUCAUUUUUGAGUUGAAACUUUUACAAAAAUACUUUUCGUUUUUUUAGUCUUAAAAGUUCCCUUUUUCUGGAGUUUUCUCUCCACUCCUAGAGACGAUUUCUACCAGGUUUGCAUCUGGUCACAGAAAUGCCUUGCAUCUGUUUGAAACUAUAAUUAUCUAUAGACAAGAUGCCUAAAUAGUAACCAGAUUAAAGUAAUAUAUUUAAAUUUUAUUUGCAUGUGCUAAUGUGAAAUAGUAAACUAACAUUUUAAGGGAAAAAUGAAUACAUUUUUCUCUUUCCAAAGUCUUUUCCAAAAGAAAUUGUAGGAAACAAGCAGAUUGCUUACAUUAAAAAAAAAAAUCUAAAUGAUUUCAUCUUUAGGAAAAAGUUAUUUGUCAUAGAGUUAAAUUCAUUUUAAGGCUUGAAUGAAUUGCUUUCUGUGGGCAGAACUUUAAAAAAAUAUAGUCUUUUAUGUAUGGAGAGGACAGCUCCAGCCUAAUGCAAUAUUUUAAAUCAACAUACUUGCUCUGUCUGCCCAGGUUCCUAGAACCCUGCACUGGACCAGUGUGUAGGGGAAAUGAUUAGCGGGAAUCGCUUAAAGUACCGUUUCUUUUUUGCAGCACUAGGUCGCUAAGUAGUGCACAGUCUAAAUACACAUUUUUGUUAUAACCUAAGUUCUGGAAUAGCCAGCUCUGCACCUUAUCCCUUAGCACCUAAGCAUUUAAUUUCACUGGUGGGAGGUAGACCCUGAAGACAAUAAAGAGAAUGUUGAUGCUCAGACUACAGGUGGACUUGCAAGAUGGUUGAUGUGCAGUCAAAUUGGAAGCACCAGGUGGACCGUGCCUCCCAAAGAAGCCCUUUCCAACCCGCCACUAAUGGGGUGGAGGUCUUUCUGGGCUCCAAGAGUGAGAGAUGAAAAACGACAACCAACCUCACUGAAGCUUUUGCACUUUGAACAGAAAUCAUUACAGUUGGGGUGUCUUGUCCAGGGAAAUGAGUAAUACAUUAAAUAGAAUAAGAUGUUUGAGGGAAGGAACUGGGUGCCUUGCCUGCUGCCCAGCACUGAAGCACCCAGGAGGGGCCCUGGAGGAAGGCAGAGGCCCUACUCUCGCGGCCAUAGAACAUGGACCUGAUAUACAUACACCACCAAGUUUAAGAAGCUAGAAUGAGUGUGUGCUAUUGGAUUUUUGUCUUACGCAAGGGUAUUGUUUUUAAAGCUUCCAUCUUAAAGGUGUAGUGUCACAUAAAAAUAGUAUCUCUAGCAGCACAUUAUUAGUUUAAUCCAAACUAGGUUCUUUCACAUAAUGUUGUCUGAACUGUACUUCCUCUAACACAGUAUCGUAGAACUGCCUGUAGUGCACUGAGGAAUAAUGAUCCGAGGUAACGUCAUCCUCAGGUAGGUUAUGAUGAUGGGGGGGUGGUUAUGGCAUUUGAGGCUCUUCCCUCUGGAUUUUACACAGUGGCCCUCAGACCCCCAAGAUGCACAUCUCCUCAGCUUCCGGAAAUGGUUACAGGUGGUAGUUGAGGGAGAGUACGUUUUCCUAAUUGAUAAGCAGAGGAGAAACACAGCACAGCUUUCAGGAUGAUCUAUUUUAAAAACACUGUGGAUCAAGGUAUAGACAGAAAGUUGAUUUGAAUUGCAAGUUUAAACCUUUGUUAUCUGCCAGAUGAACUAGUGAUUGUCACAAACUGGUAUGGAGGAUGGCUUUGCAAACUUGGCAAAGACUUCUCAUUUCUAAUACAGUCAAAGAUGGGCUGGUUUUGUGUUAGCUGUCACUGGUAAUGGUAUUUGUAUAAGUGACUUAUUGGUGAGACUUUGGGCAGGGUGACAGCCUACUGUUUUGAUGUCAAGACAGACAGAUGGAGAGUCUAUUAUGUAAGUCUAAGUGGGCUUAGUCUGAUGUCACUAGCCUAGCUCAUGACCUUGUAAAUGAGUGCUAAUGUGAACAGGUUAUUAAUAUUGUGACCCCCUUCUAUUUAGGAAAUAAAUAAAUUUAUUUCUCCAUGUUGCAAUGCCUAUCUUCAAGAAGUAUCCUGCCAAGAGUAUUUCCCAAUGUGGAAUCAUGAGCUGUCACUGGUUACUAGGUCUCUGGAUCACCCAGGAGCAGGCUGUGCUUGACACUGUGACAGGUCACCCCACAGUUCCGUGUCCUUUAAAACUAGUCAUUCUGGAGGCAAUAGAAAUCAACUUUGUGGUUGGAUGAGGUGAAGACACAACCAGUCUUCCUAUUUGUUGUUGUUUAGACAAAACAGUAUUAAUGGAAUGUUCGCCUUCCCACUGGUUGUUUUGAUAUUGUUUAAAAUGUAUAUUUAGAAUGGAAUCAUCUAAAAAGCUGAUCUUGCUAACCUCCUGUUCCCUACAAAGGGAAAUGUCACAAGAAUGUGUAAAAAUAAAAAUCUAAGAAAAAACCCCACCUUGUUCCUAAAGAGAAUGAAUGUUUUCCAGUAGGUGUUUUUGUGGUUUCUAUUUAAACUCUGAUUAAAGCAUAUAUGUGUUA